GAUGUCGCAUUUACUGCCGUAAGGUAAUAUGGUGAAAAAGCCAUGGAAGAAGAUACUUUAUGAAGAACAAGAUUAUCCAGAUAAUUACGUUGAUGGAUCUUUCUUGGAUGAGUUAAGGAAGAAUGGUAAUAUACAAAAAGAUAGUACAGGUUUCAGGGGCGUAGCCAACCCCAAACGAGUGGGGAGUGGUUCCGGGGGCAUGGUUCCCUGGAAAAUUUUUCUAUUUUUAGGAUGUGUGAAAUUCUAUUUUAUGCACUUUAGAUACAUUUGUGUGUUUUACAUCAAUCUGAAAGGCACAGAUUUGGGAUAUUUUGAACUAUAGGAAAUGGCGUUAUAGAAACACGCGUUAUUAAUUAUUGUUAUAUUUUAUGUCAUGGAUGAAAGCAUUACAAGGUUACACUCUUCCCUCCCCCAUUCAGGGGCUCUUCCUUCACAUCUUGCAGUGCAGUACCCCUGAAAUAGCGAAAAAACCGAGCGUGAAAAUUAAAGACUAAUUGAUUAAUGACAAUUUCUAUUUUACAGUCUAUACUAGAACCUAUCACUUUUGGAAUGUGUCUGAUGCAGCAGGCACAGUUUCACAACAAGUUAGCAGGUAUAGCCCUCGUCCUAGAUAUCAAGUCUCCAGCUGAGCAUGCAAAUUUUUCAGCCGAAUUUCUCUACAGCUGUAAAUAAAAAUAUGGAUAUUGUGUUCAAAAUAAUUCAAAUUUGUAAUCAUUAUCAAGAAAAUUCUCAUUGAAACAUCAGUGGAAUGUAUCGUUAAAUUAGUUAAAAAUUACAAAAAAAAUUUGGAGGGAGCAGCCUAAUUGGCAUUUGUUCGAUAAAAUUUCCAGGCAGCCUGUUACUGAAACUUGGCAUCUUUGCAUGUUUUACACAUCUAUGUAAAUUGUGACUUUAGUUAUAGCUCUUCUACUGCAGAGCAAAACGAGAAACCAAAUUUUGCAGGUCGAUUCUGACUUGGGGUAAUUCCAUAAUUACCAGCCUAAACUGAACAUGUUUUGUGAUUGGUUUGCUGAAUAAAAACAAAAGUGGUCGGUGUUUCUGACUCGUUCUUCCGAAAAUUUAUCCUUUAGUUUUAUUUUGUUUCAUUGGUAUAAUCAGGCAAUUACAACACCUAUUUUUUUCUUGGGGAAAACCAUGCCCUGGAUACAGGGUAUAGGUUAUAGGUGAAAUAAAACACUUAAUUUAUAUUUGGUUUAGUUUGUGUCUGUUUGUUAUGAGUUUUGUGUACAUGAAAAAAGAACUUGUAUCACCUUCAACGUUAUUCCUUAUCUCAGCUGUGGUGACCUCAAUAAGUUACUGUAUUUAUAUCGUGACAUGUUGGGAGCAGAGAACCAAGAAUGGUAAGGAAUGAUUUAAAUUGCCAGGGUCAGUAUAUGGUCAUUAUCUAAAACCGCAGCUACAGUAUAAGGUAUGCCGAAAUCUUGCAUACCUUAUAGACCCUUUGCACAUGACGUCACAGCGCCGGUGACGAUGCAUCUGGGGGACAAAUUUGCAAUCUAUGCAUAAUAUAACUUUUGUAAAGAAAGCAAAUUUUGUAAAAGUUGAUAAUAAUGUUGUAUUUAAAUGGUUAAUUUUUGCGCUGUAUGUGGUUGUUGUACCCGAACAGUUAUUGUUUAGGGGAUAUCUGGAGGAUAUUCUAAUGAUUUGUGACGUCAGUGCAAUGGGUCUAUAGUCGCAGGUCGUGGCUAUUGCCAGAAACCGUGGCUCAAGCCUCAAGGUACUGUGCCGAAAUCUGGCAUACUUUAUAGCAACAAACCAUAGCUAUAAGGUAUGCGGCCGAUAUCUGGUAUUUUUGAUGUACACCCUAGCUAUAAUAACAAAGUUAUUUAGUCCAAAUCUAUCCAGGCGGACUACUAUCGCCAUGGUACAUCAGAUGUGUGAAAAAGUUGUGAGACCCAAAAUAAAAAAAGAGCAACAACACACUUUUUGAUUUAUAGCGUUGCGAUGUGAAAAAGUAAACUAAAUAUUCAUUUUUUCUUCCUUUCCAAAGCAGCGUUAGACUACUUCAAGCCUUUCUGCAGAUUGCUUGCUAGCGUCAAGCAUUUAUACAAUAUUAAUAAGCGAUGACUUAUUGAUGAUUCAAUCCAGUAGUAUUUUUUUCUUUACAGUUAAAGAUGAUUUAAAAAGUCUUAUUUUAUUUCUUGCGUUCUCAUUUGGACUAUCUCCGAUUUUGAGAACACUCACAGAUUCCAUCAGUACGGACACAAUUUAUGCGAUGACGGUAAGAUAUACUGUUCAAUUAAAAUUUUUGAUAUACAGUUGCUGUUGGAGAUUUUGCUCAAAACUUAGCUUAGGUCCGCCGGUUAAAGACAAAGGGAAUGCAUGCAUGAAUUUCUUUGUGGUAUCUUUGUAGGUAUUUAUGCUUGGCAUGAAUCUUCUAAUGCACGACUAUGGAGCAAGUGGCGCCAUGUAAGUUUUUCAAAGACUUUUUGGUAUAUGCGUUUUAGGGUAGAAAUGUAGUAUGCAGUUACAAAUACCUCAUGAACGUUUUAUCGACCAAUGGGACUCUCUUAAGGACGAUUAUACUCGUUAACGAACUUGCAUCAAACUGUAAAAUAAACAGGAAAAACAGCAAUAAUAAGAACAACCAAUGACAAGAACGGCAACAAUAGCAACAGCAGCAGCAACAGCAGCAGCAGCAACAACAAUAGCAGCAGCAACAAUAACAGCAGCAGCAACAAUAACAACAACAAUAGCAGCAACAACAACAGCAACAACAACAACAACAACAACAGCAACAACAACAGCAGCAACAACAGCAGCAACAACAGCAGCAACAACAACAACAACAACAGCAGCAGCAACAACAGCAGCAACAACAGCAGCAACAACGACAGAGACAACAACAACGACAGAGACAACAACAGCAACAGCAGCAACAACAACAGCAACAAUAACAGCAAAAAGGACAACAAACCUCAGCAGCAGCAACAACAACAACAACAACAACAACAACAACAACAACAACAACAACAACAAAAGCAAAAAAACCAGCAGCAAUAACAAGAACACAGCCAACAACAACAAACAACAGCAGGAACAACAACAGCAAAAAGACCAACAAACCUCAGCAGCAGCAACAACAACAACAACAACAACAACAAAAAAACCCAGCAGCAACAAUAAGAACACGACGACCAACAACAACAACAACAACAACAACAACAACAACAACAACAACAAACAACAGCAGGAACAACAACAAACAACAUCAACAAGAUGGUAGAUCAACAACAACACCUCUACAAUAGCAACAAAAUUAACAACAAUGCAUUGUCUGUUUCUCUAGUGUUUCGAAGGCAGCGUCAUUAAAUACAGCGAUAUUUGGUUCAGUAUGUCUGGCUUCUCGCUUGCCUUCAUCUGCGCAUGCAUUUGUUACUGUGAUUGUCGCUGUGGAAAUAUUUGCAUUGUUCCCGUUGUUUAGAGAACAAAUAAAGGUA